UCUGAGGAAAAAAAAAAGCUCAAGUUGGAUCAGCCAGCGCGGCCGGACCGAGCCGGCUCAAGCUUUAUGCCGGGUCAUUUUGAUUUUAUUUUUGUUUUCUCUUAACCCGGUGCUAAACAAAGGAGAUGAGGGGACUCCUGUCGUUUUACCGGGGCCUGUGCACCCUGAGUAACCGUCAAGCCAGACGCAAAACUGGGAUUGUCGGUUCUCGGUGCGGGUUUUGCGGAACUCAGUCUAACAGCAAGCCACAGCCAAGCUUUGGACUGUUGUUUGACAUUGAUGGCGUGCUUGUCCGGGGACGGAUGCCAAUCCCUGCAGCAAAAAGGGCGUUUGAGAAGUUGGUCGACUCUCAGGGACAGUUUGUGGUACCAGUUGUUUUUGUCACAAAUGCAGGGAAUUGCCUCAGACAAACAAAAGCCGACCAGCUCUCUCACAUCUUGGGAGUACCUAUUACACAAGAUCAAGUCAUCAUGUCCCAUAGUCCCCUGAGAAUGUUUAAGAAGUUUCACGACAAGUGUGUGCUGGUGUCAGGACAGGGACCAGUCUUGGAAAUCGCAAAAAACGUGGGCUUUAAGAAUGUUGUCAGUGUUGAUAUGCUGAGGGAAUCAUUCCCAUUGCUGGACAUGGUGGAUCACAACAGGAGACCCAAACUGCCGUCCAAUCCUGUUGGCAACCUCCCUAAAAUUGAAGCCGUGAUUCUGUUCGGGGAGCCCAUUCGAUGGGAGACCAACCUGCAGCUGAUAAUUGACAUUUUGUUGACCAACGGUAACCUCAGCCGUGUUCACCAAACCCAAAAGACGCCUCACCUCCCCCUGCUGGCCUGCAACAUGGACCUCAUGUGGAUGGCUGAGGCACAUUCUCCACGGUUUGGCCAUGGGACAUUUCUUGUGUGCCUAGAGAACAUCUAUAAGAAGAUCACAGGUAAAGACCUGAAGUACGAGGCGCUCAUGGGAAAACCCAGUGAGCUGACCUACCACUUUGCAGAGUACCUCAUCAGAAGCCAGGGCAUGCAGAGGCAAUGGAAACUACCCAUCACUUCCCUUUAUGCUAUAGGGGAUAACCUUAUGACUGACAUCUACGGCGCCAACCUAUACAACCGCUACCUGGAGGAGAGAGUUGCUAGAAAGAACCCCAAAGCCGUCGCCAAAAUGGUCUCCGCCACAGGGUCCACCACUGCAGUGCCCCAGGAGGAGGAGAGCGACAAUCUGUGGGAGAGCGAGCUGGCGCUGCCUUCUGCCACUUCCUGUAAGUCUGUCCUCGUCUGCACAGGGGUCUAUAACCCCAACGUGGAGGUGCCGUCUGAUGCCAGCCACUGCAUCAAAGAGACUGUGUUCCACGGCCACCGGGACUUCAGGUUUGACCCUGCGCUGGUGGAGCCAGACUUCAUUGUGCAGGAUGUGGCCGAAGCUGUUGACCGCAUCUUUGAGCAGGAGAAGUUUGUGCCUAAGUAGAGUUUGAGCCAACAGGUUUGUGUGGAGGUCCUAGUCGAGGAGAGGUGGAGCGUUAAACCACUUAAUGCAUAAACCUGUAGGAGCCUAACACUGUGGGCAUUGUUAACCACCUGAUAGGGCAUUGACAAAAUAUGGGUCAUCUUUGAGACAAACUUUAGCGAAACAUAAUCACGUAACGUACUGUCAACCGCUCUUUUAUAUUGUUUUGUGAUAGUCUUCAAUUACCUGAUUUCAUUAAGGAAAAUUUUAAGGAACUGCCUUAUUUGACCCUACUAAGUAUUUUUUUAGAUUAUAGUAAUGUUUUAGAUAAUUGCAUAUCCUGAAAUCAUCCUAUAUUUAUUACAAGAUUUUAGCAGUGUUUUUAAGAAGCAUAUUCAGAUAACGGUGGACCUUUAUUCUCAAGGUGAAUUUUUAUUAUUACAUUUUUAGUGAUUUGUUUACCCAUUUAUCCUUGAAAAUCUAUGCAUGAAUAUGAGAGUAAUACUUGUACUGUAAAAAAAAAAAAAACACUGUUGGAUGUGCAGUAUUGUCCUCUAAUAGAACUGUCUGUCUGCCUUUUGUCUAGCUGUGAGCCUUGACCAGUAUUUGCACAGAUCAGACUUUCACCUUUGUUAAAUGUUACCAUAUCUUCCUGCCAUAACCUGUUUAUUACAAUGUGGACAUUCAUUUUUAAGCUUAACUAUUUCAAUUCAAGAAGCAAAAGCUAUUAAGACCUUGGUUUAGAUGUGAGUAUAAUGCCGAUCAAAAACUUUUACUGCUCCACAGUUUAUUAUUUGUUGUAUUCUUCUCAUUGUAAAUACCUUACUGUAAAAAAAAAUAUAAGGA